AUGGCUGAGUGUGGAGACGACAUUGUCUUUCAGUCGUCUUUAGAUAUCAACAAAAAGCCACACCAGGUUCAGCUCACACGGAGGCAUCUUACAUGGGACGUAGCCUCUCCAGGAAAGCCGUCCCGGAAAGCGGACAGUCCGUCAUCGCAGCCAUUUAUCGGCCACUCGGGAUGUAAACAUGUGCCAUUAAAAGAAGUGAUUGCCGUCAAUCUAGAACGCAGUUUGAACAAAGUAACAACUCCGAAGUCGACCAAGAAGAGCUCCUCCACCCCCCUGAAGGACUCCCCCAUUUAUAUAGAGCUCCAGGCUAUUCAUCCUGUCUCUUUCUCUGUCCAUUUUGUCAAGCGAUGCCCCAACCACAAAUGGAAAAAGAAGAAGGUGACAUUUUUCUGCCAAGGGGAAAACAUAUGCAGGACAUGGGUUGACAAGAUUGAGGAAGCACUUUCAAAUCCAGUACUAAAAAGACCAAGGAGCUUACUGGUGUUUAUUAAUCCAUUUGGGGGGAAGAGGCGAGCCCCGCGGGUCUACGAGGAAUCGGUGGCCCCUCUUCUGGAUCUGGCCAAAAUCAAAACCCAUGUCAUCACUACCACACAUGCAGGGCAUGCAAGAGAGGUUUUGGAGAAGUACAAUUUACAGUCAGUGGAUGGGGUGGUGUGUGUGGGUGGGGAUGGAAUGUUCACAGAGCUCCUGAAUGGUCUGGUCAACAGGAAAAUGUCCGAGGCAGGGAAAACUCAGACCAUAACAGAACAACCCAUCUCUCCAGAUCUACGAAUUGGAAUCAUUCCAGCAGGUUCUACAGAUGCCAUAUGUUAUUCCACGACAGGGAUCAAUGAUCCUGUGACCUCAGCAAUCCACAUUAUCGUAGGUGAUAGCACAGCCAUAGAUGUCUGCUCAAUCUAUGACGGGGACCAAUUUUUACGAUACAGCAGCUCAAUGUUAGCGUACGGUUACUAUGGUGAUAUGUUAAAAGAUAGUGAAAAUAACAGGUGGAUGGGACCAAAGCGGUACCAAAUUGCAGGUGCAAAGAAGUUUUUGGGUAACAAGUCUUAUGAAGGGGAGGUGUCAUUUAAACUGGCCUCCUCGACCGAUUCUAACCCCAGGGACAAAAUCACCUGUAACUCGGGUUGUAAUAUUUGUGCCAUGAGUAAGAACUCACAGGAGGAAAAAGGAUCUGAGGGGUGGCACACAGUGAGGGGUAAGUUUUUAGCAGUGGCCAGCUUCACCAUGAGCUGCCGGUGUCUGAUCAGUCCCCUGGGCCCCUCCCCCUACUGCCAUCUCGGGGACGGAACCUCCGACCUGCUCCUGAUACAGCAGUGUUCUCGUGUCCAGUUCUUACGUCACCUGUAUAGGUGUUCCACAACCAACGGCAACCAGUUUGAUCUGCCAUUCAUUAAGAUAUUUCGGGUGAGGGAGUGGAGUUUUUCUGUCCCGACGACCAAUGACUCUGAGAGUGACACCCAGUCUAGAUCCUCCACCUCCAGCAGGGCAAGCCGUGCCUCCACUCAGAGUGUGUGGAACUGUGACGGGGAGGUCGUGACUUCCAUUAACCUUCAGAUCAGGACCCACUGUCAGCUGAUCAAGCUUUUUGCCAGGGGGAUCGAGGAACUGGAAGUAAACCCGUCCCAGUGCUGCACCCCGUGUUGUGAUUCGUGUGACCCCGAGGACAAAUACACUAGUAUAGGAGGUCACCCCUGAGUGACCAUCACAGGUAGAUAUAGGUCACAUGAGAGAUUAUAACCGUCACACUUGAUAUGAAGCGAGGCACCUCAAGUGGUUCAUUCAUGUUACUUUGCUUUGAAAUCACAUUUCUAUUUAGUGAAUGCUGUCAUUAGAUCUUUUCUAUUUGAUGAAAGAAAUCACAUUCUUUACAAGUAAUUGUUUCUGUGGGAAGGUUGUUUGAGUACAUGUAUUGCCAUUUAGAAAUGGAGUUUGAGAAAAAAAAGAUGAAAGACGAUAAUGGUGUCUGUAUGAACUUUUACAAAGACAAGAUUUUAUGCCCAUAGAUAGGAUUAUUCAUAAAGUAUGCGAAGAAGGAGGUGAAUCAAUAGCAGUCUGUGAUACUAUUUAUGUUUUUAAUGUCAUAAUUAUGUUUAUGCUGUAUUUUUCUCAGAAAUGUAGUACACUGUACAUCAUUAUCAGAUACUUGCUGCUGUCAGAGUUAACAUGUUUUAACACACUAUCCAUUCAUAGGACCAGGGUAUAUAUUUUUUGAGAGUGUAAAAUUAUCUUCAUCAAAAGAAGUGAACAAGAGGAAAAUAGGAAAAAUGUAUCUGUCCAGUUUAGCAUUUUCAAACAGUGUUUGUCAUAGAUUGCCUAACAUUCCAUUCAAACAACUUUUCACAAGCACACAUAAUAAAUGUGGUGUGAUGUACACAUUUGUAUAGUGUUCAUGUAUCUCUUCAACUAUUCAUCUAUUCAUCAAAAUUUCAUCUAAUUUGAAAAGUAUCAAAAUAACCUAAAGUAAGUAUUCUGUGCAAUAUUGUAUAUUUUAAGCUGUCUGUUUUCUUUGGAGGAAUAAGGGUAGACAAAUUGCAAAUUAAAUUUUUUUUAGUUUAGAAAAUUAAUACUUUGUUUCCCUCUUUAGUGGGAAUUCUCUCUCUCUCUCUCUCUUUCUCUCUCCUUGAAGAAAAAAAGUUCUAAAUUUCAUCUGUCAACAAAGCAUAAUUAAUGAGCAUUUCAUAAAUCAUAUUGCAUCGCUGAAUCGUCAGUAUUUUCCAAAUUUCAAACAGGAAGAAAUUUCAUUCAUUGAAACUUAGUUUUUACAUGUAAUUCAAUUUUAUUCAUUCAAAAAAAGAGCCAAAAUAAUAUUUGAUUGAAUCAUUUAAAACUAAAAGUGAACUGUAAACCUAUUUGCUGCUUGCGUACGUAGUCUGUUGUACAUUAAAUUCCCCCCCCCCCCAAAAAAAA